AUGGAUCCAGUCUUAGAGGGAUUGAACCAUGCACAGCGCGAGGCUGUCACCUCAUCUGGCUCAGUUCUUCAGGUGCUGGCGCCACCAGGCUCGGGCAAGACCAAGACGUUAACAGCGCGCGUCGCGUACCUUCUUUCACAUCACGGUUACCAACCCCAAGAUGUCAUUUGUUGCACCUUCACAAUCAAGGCCAGUCGUGAGAUGCGCGAGCGCCUUGCGAAACUCAUUGGCGAAAAACUCGAAUCCCGCUUGAUUCUCGGCACUUUCCACUCAAUCUGUCGUCGCUACUUGGUCAAAUACGGCUAUCUGAUUGGCCUGCGGAAGGGAUUCGGAAUUGCGGACUCGGACGACACCCGCGCAAUCAUUAAAAGAACCAUCAAACGCCUGAACUCUAGCAUUGAAGUCAAGGCAGCUCAGGGUCGUAUUUCUCGGCACAAGGCACAUGGUCUCAGUCCAGAUGCACUAGCCGGACGAGCCAAGGCCGAGGAGCUGGAACUCGUUAAUAUCUAUCGCGAGUAUCAAUCAGCAUUGGCGGCUUCCAACUUGUUGGACUACGAUGAUCUUCUUUUGCGUUGCAGUGAUCUCCUUCGAGAUCACCCGCAGUGUGUUUCCAAUGUGCAGGCCGUUCUGGUGGACGAGUUUCAAGACACAAACAUCAUCCAGUAUGAACUGAUGAACCUCUUUGCCUCCAAGAAUCGGCGGAUCACUAUCGUUGGAGACCCUGAUCAAAGCAUCUACGGCUUCCGUUCUGCAGAGAUCAAAAAUCUCAAACGAAUGCAAGGGCGUUACUCAAACACAACAGUUGUUCUGCUGGAGGACAACUACCGCUCUGCGGGCUCCAUCUUGAAUGCUGCACAAGAGGUCAUUGAACAGGAUGAGGCUCGGCCUGCUAAGGCUCUUCAGGCCACACACACCUUUGGAACUCUGCCUGUAUUAAGGCGACUUCCUACCCCCAAUGCAGAAGCCCAGUGGAUGGUGCUUGAGAUAAAACGAUGCGCAGCGAUGACUGGAAACCUCUUGCGCAUGUCCGACUUUGCCGUCCUUCUACGCUCGGCGUCACUGUCCACGCAAAUUGAGACAGCGUUCGGGAGAGCCGGCAUACCAUAUAAGAUGGUUGGAGGUCGAAAGUUCUUUGAUAGGACUGAAGUCAAGAUUCUUCUGAAUUAUAUGAGAGUUUCAAGCCAUACGGGACACUCGGACGCGCUGUUGAACAUUGUCAAUGUGCCGCCACGCAGAAUCGGUGAUGAAACGAUCAGACAGUUGACAAGCGGUGCGGAGAAGGCUAAGCUUCCGCUAUGGGACUUCAUCAAGGAUGUAAUUCAAGGGCGCCGCUCGACCGAAAAGAAACUGCAAAAAGCCGCAGAGCAGGGUCUCUGCAACCUAGUGAAGCUGAUCGAAGCCUCUAGGCAAAAGUUACAGGAGUGUGAGGAUGCUUCAGCACCGCGUGUUUUGAUUGAGUUUAUCGCAGAACGCCUGUCGUUCCAGGAGUAUCUCAUCAGAACAUAUCCGCUAGACGAAGACAGCCGCUGGGCGAAUGUCAAAGAGUUGAUGCACCAAGCCUCAGAGGCUGCAGCUUUUGAAGAUGAGGAAGUUGACAAAGAGAUGGAUCUCCCCGAGAUUGAGGGCGUGGAACAACAGCACGCGCACGCUGGCGAGGAAGCUCUCACUCGGUUCCUUGCGAACGUGGCCUUGGCCACAGAGAUCACUACAGAGGAGGACAACAAAGAGGGAAGUCAACCCACGGAGAAGGUCACCAUCUCAACUAUUCACGCUGCCAAGGGCCUGGAAUGGCCCGUGGUCUUCGUACCCGCGGUGUACAAUGGAAGCAUUCCACAUUCGCGUGCCGAGGUAAUAGAGGAAGAGAGGCGAUUGCUAUAUGUCGCGAUGACAAGAGCGCAAGCCCUUCUAUAUUUGAGUGUGCCUAUUCGACAACCCCGAUUAGGAGAAGGAGAAGACGGUGCGACUACAUUAACACCUUUUCUGCCUCCCAAAUUGAUCAAAUCGCGCUUUCGGCAAACAGGACCAUCACUCCAUGAGAAGGUGGUGUAUGCAAUUGCUGAUAUCCUGAGGCGUCCUCAUCCAUCUCUUGAUGCCAUGUAUAAGGGGCUUGCAUUUCUCCCGUCCACGCUAGAUGAUCGAUGGACAGCAGAGGGCGAGGAAGAUCGCAGCAAGUUUGAAAGCACGACAACCUCCCACGACAUCUCUGAUGAGCCAAAUCCAAAGCGGCGACGCUCAGAUAUGAACACGGGGUCAAAAACAACAACCUAUGUUUCAUCUACUGGGUAUACUAUGAAUAGCUCAACAGGGUUUACCCUUCCGCCAUCCGCUUCAUCGGGUUUUACAUCUGCGCGAGAUCAUAUUGCCGCUUACCCCCAACCUACUUCGGAGUCAGCCGCGGAGUCAGCCUCAAGCGCUAAUGCCGGGGCAGCCGGGGCAAACAGACCGACAUCCAAGGAAUCAGGCCGUAAAGACGGUCUUACGCAAGCCAGCAUCUCCAAUUUCUUUGCAGGCCCAGGGGCUCAGAAAAAAGAACCUGUGCUGCCUGACCGUCCACAGCCACCAUCCCGAAGAUACGAACUACCAGCGUCACAGAACCAACGUCAAUCAACGAAGAUCAAUGUCCCGCCUACCCUCUCUUCUCACCGUGUCCAGCCACGACCACUCAUCCCAACCGGGCCGGCACUGGAGCCUGCCGGUACCAAUGGCUACACGUGGUUGGCGGCUCCAUCGAGACCCCCAACCUCGAAGCCCAGGAUGCCGGUGACGCAGGAACAAGGCGCUGGCAAUGUUUCGACCAACGGCACGGCCGGGGCAGAGGUGAAACCCGAGGCCUCGCGAGGGUUCCAAUCCGCGACAACGUUCCACACAACGACCAUGUCAAUGGUCCAACAGGGGCCGAGGCGGACGCUGGGGAUUCGGCGGAGCAUGAAUGGGUGGCAAGACCGGAUGAAGCGAGAGAGCGGUGGAGGCUGA